AGGCGGCGGUUCACCUCGUGACUUCUCAUCUGCUUCGCUUCACUUUCAGCCGUGUCUUUGUUAGGUACCACCGGCUGGAGCUUUAACAAGUGAUCGUGAUGAACACUUUGCUUUUGUUUGCUUUACUGUCCGCAGCUUCAGCUUUUCACCUGUCUGAACGAGACGAGUUUCACUUCAAGUCAUGGAUGGCGCAGCACAACAAAGUGUAUGGCAUGAAGGAGUACUAUGAGAGAGUCCAGAUAUUCACUGAGAACAAGAGGAGGAUUGACAAACACAAUGAAGGAAAUCACUCUUUCACAAUGGGGCUGAACCAGUUUUCAGACAUGACUUUUAGUGAAUUUCGAAAGUCUCUCCUCUGGUCUGAGCCACAGAACUGCUCUGCUACCAAGGGGAAUUACCUCAGCAGCAACGGACCACAUCCAGACUCCAUCGACUGGAGAAAGAAAGGAAAUUAUGUAACAGAUGUGAAGAAUCAGGCAAAUUGUGGUAGUUGCUGGACUUUUUCCACAACCGGCUGUUUGGAGUCUGUUACUGCUAUCAACACUGGGAAGCUCAUACCACUGUCUGAACAACAGCUGGUAGACUGUGCCCAGGACUUCAACAACCACGGAUGUAACGGCGGCCUUCCCAGUCAAGCAUUUGAAUACAUCAUGUACAACAAGGGACUGAUGACAGAGAAGGACUACCCAUACACAGCUAUUAACGGUACUUGUGAAUAUAACCCAGAACUGGCAGCGGCCUUUGUGAAGGAUGUGGUUAACAUUACAGCGUACAAUGAGAUGGAGAUGGUGGAUGCGGUCGCCACACGCAAUCCUGUCAGUUUUGCCUUUGAGGUGACCUCUGACUUCAUGUAUUACUCCCGGGGUGUGUACACCAGCACUGAAUGCCACAGCACCACAGACAAGGUGAACCAUGCUGUGUUAGCAGUCGGGUAUGGAAAGGACAAUGGCACCCCUUACUGGAUAGUAAAGAACUCAUGGGGAUCCAGCUGGGGGAUUGACGGAUAUUUCCUCAUUGAACGUGGGAAGAACAUGUGUGGACUUGCUGCCUGCUCAUCUUUCCCGGAGGUGUGAUUUCUGCAUGAUAGCAAACUACAAAAGGGCUGAAAAGGGAGCUGAAUCUAGACUUUUUUUUUUUAAUUUUUAUUAUACAGGUUGAUUUUUAUAUAAUAAAUAGCCUACUGUGCUUCCAUCUACAGUGGGGUUUUUUUGCACAAUGGAGUAAGCACUAUGAAAUGAUAUUCAGAUUAGUCAAAAAAUCUGACAUUAUCUCUUAAGUACCAAUCAUUCAAUUCAUUGUAGUUAAAUUCACAAAUAAAAUCUAUUAAAUCAG